UUCUUCUCUUCCUCCAUUCUGACUCCCCCUGAACUAACACCGCGUCGCUCACCGCACUGAGAGUAUCACAUCAUCCCCUCUUCAAUCUCCGUCGCCUCUACCAUCGCCAGCGCCAUUUCGCACUCUCUACUCCUGCUCUCUUGUGCUUCCCUCCUCCUCCUCCCUCUGCUGCUGCUGCUGCUCUCGUAGCUCCUCUUUCUUCGUCCUCUGCUAUCUGACUGUGCAGCUCUCUUGCACUUCCAGAACUUCACUCUUCUUCGUUUUGCUCCUCUAUGGCACAUUGACUCAGUCGCUGCUAUUCGACCCCUUGCCUGCGGGCGCGCCUGCCAUUUUGUCUACCUCGUGUGUUUGUGCCGAUUCUUUUUCGGUGGAGUGCGUGAACCCGAGUGGCGACCGUCACAGAUUGAUGAAGACCACGCACCUGGCUGACUACUACAUUUGGUGACUGCCGCUGCUUAUCGACUGCUGCUGAUGACGAGCGACGUCUGUUGCUCCUUGUGAAUCGGAGUGAGUGUUUGCGACGAUCUAGAAGGGGACGUGUUAGCGGAACGCAUCUGGCAGGCGAACGCGUCGUUCUUGUUUAGAGACUGGAGACUUGAGUUUUGUUGUUCAACGCUGCGAGGUGGAAGUGGGGGAUUCGGCUUGGCGGAGAGUGGAGCAGUCCUGGAGCGACAUACAGGAAGGCAAGGCGCGAGUAUUGUGCGGGAGGUGAUGCUUCGUUGAAGUGCUGUGUUUAGGCCUCGUUGACGUGCCUUCGAGGCACUGCAGCGUUGAUUGAGGGUGCUGACUGGCUAGGAUUGCCCACUCUAAGGUUUAGGUCUCGGCGGUAGGUGCGAAAGGUUUCGAUGCAGGUUGUUUUUACGUCGUUCUGGUGAAUGUAGCACAUGCUGUGAUCGAGUCAGUACUUGACAGGGCACUGCUCCGCUUUACUGCUUCCGUUUCCCCUGACAAACCUCCUGCCUACGAGCAAGGGUAUACCUACUAUCUAGCUCCUAUCUAACUCAGCUGCCAGCCAUGGUGCACAGAUCAGUCUCUACUAUCACAUCAUUGUCAAUUAUAUUGCUUACUUUCUCUGCAUUAGCCACUGCAGUAAGGCCUUCACCAUUCGACUUCCCUGCUAGGGCUGAGCUGCACUCGGAACCCGCUCUACAUUCUCAGGGAUCAGGACCGCAGUAUUCGUCAGGACCGGAAUGGCCAGAAUUCAGAGAAGCCCCGGCGUUUCGGAAUGGGAAACAAUGCGCUUUCGUGAACAGAACAGAGAACGAGCUGGACCACAUAUGUGACCGGAACUCGGUGCACAUUGCGAUGACACUGGAUGUGAAGUACUUGCGUGGCUCUAUGGCCGCGGUUUUUUCCAUACUGAAGCAUACUGCGUGUCCGGAGAAUGUCAUCUUUCACUUCUUUGCUGCAGACCGUGACGAGCAGCUGCGGUCUCUCAUCUUCUCAACCUUUCCCUUUCUGAGAUUUAAGGUGUAUCAUUUUGACGAGGCGCUGGUGAAUUUAAGGAUCUCUCCGUCAGUGCGACCUGCUCUGGAGCACCCUUUGAACUAUGCACGUAGCUAUUUGGCGGAUAUCUUGGAGCCGUGUAUUCAGCGAGUCAUAUAUUUGGAUUCCGAUCUCAUCGUCGUGGACGACAUUGUGAAGCUAUGGGGGACAAGGCUAGGGCCUUACGCCAUUGGCGCCCCGGAGUACUGCCACACCAACAUGACGAAAUACUUUACGAACGCGUUCUGGCAGAAUAGAACCCUGUCUCGCACCUUUGAUGGGAAGAAGCCGUGUUACUUCAAUACCGGGGUCAUGGUGAUGGACAUGACGAAGUGGAGAACUGAGAACUACCGCGCGGUUAUCGAACAGUGGAUGGGGGUCCAGAACAGGACCAGGAUUUACGACCUAGGUUCGCUUCCUCCAUUCCUGCUCGUCUUUGGAGGGUCCGUGGAGCCAAUCGAUCACAGGUGGAAUCAGCAUGGUCUUGGUGGAGACAACCUGGAGGGUAAGUGCAGGCCGUUGCACCCGGGUCCUGUGAGUUUGUUGCACUGGAGUGGCAAGGGCAAGCCAUGGAUCCGAAUCGACCAAAGGAAAACAUGUCCUGUGGAUAGUCUGUGGGCUCCUUAUGACCUUCUUCAACCCUCCGCAUUAUCUUACCAAUAAGAAUGCGUUCUGUGGGCAUCGAGAAGUGAAGGAAAAUAACUAACGUUAGUUGCAGCAUAGAUGCAUAGAUUGUUGUUGUACAAUAUUACAGAAUUAGUCUAGUUUAACGGAGUCCGGCUGAUUUGACGGGCUUCCACAAUUCUUUCUGACAAAAUAUUUAAUAAGUUUGCGAACACGUGACCGCACUAACUGCAGGACAUCAUCCACGCAAGUGAGAGUGUCCUUUUGACAAGAGUAAUCGGGUAGGGAUAGCGAAAGGAUGUAGAAUCCAAUGAGAGGAUUUUUGCAUCUCGUGUCUUAAGUCGUUGACAAUUAUCGUACAUGGUGAAUUGUGGGCGGGGUUCGCGAAGUGCAACCUUGUUUUUGGUCACCAUUAGCCGAGCCGGCAGAGUGCUAGUAGCAGGAAAUUCUGUCGUUUGUUCAUUGUUAGCUGAAGAGCUCCGUAUCCCUCGUGCCAGAGUUGUAUAACUUUAUGAUGCUACCAAUGACAAGAACUUGGGUAUCCGUUGCCAUUCUGUUCCCCGUC